CUACAGGAAGUGAAAACUGCGUUUGUGAGGACAUUACUUGCUGUGUGGCUAAUAUAGAUAGGAAUAUAAACAAAGUCGUUUCUCUAUUUAAGAAAACUAUUCGCAAAAGAAAAGGUGUACAUAAGCCUGCUUAAGGUUUGAUACAGUAGCUGGGAUGCCUAAUUUUCUUGGUAAUUUUACCUUUAAUGGGAGGUACUGGAAAUUUCACAGUAAGAAGGAAGACAGAUACAGAAGUGCAAUAAGCUCUCGACAAAGACCUCUACGUGUGUGUUUAUAUUUGCAGUGAUUUUUAAAGAGCACUAGCUUGUUUUACUGUCGAGCCACAAGAUUUGCAAAAUACUAGCACGCGCUCUUACGACUCUGGUUUCUGCACGUGCGUAUGUUUUAUACACAAAUUUUGCAGUAAAGAGUAGCGACCAACUUUAUGUUGGAAACGUUAAAAAUAUGGUAUAUGUGCAUUUAAUUACAAUUUGUGCAUGUAGUAAAGUACUGAUAGGUUAUUGGUAGUGAGGCUGUGGGUCCCCGUUUCUGUGAGCUUGUCAGUUAAAAACAAUGAAGCUUUUGGAAAAUUCGAGUUUUGAGGCCAUUAAUACUCAGCUGACCAUAGAGACUGGAGACUGUAAGAUAAUCGGAAGAAUUGAAAGUUACUCCUGCAAAAUGGCGGGUGAAGACAAGCAGAUGUUUAAGCAGUUCUGUCAGGAGGGACUGCCUCAUGUGCUGGAAGCUCUGUCACCUCCUCAGUCGUCUGGAAUCAGCCCUAACAAACUGAGUCACAGUCAAAGUGGUGAUGAAGUGGAGAGUCCGCUUUCUGACAAGUGCAGCAGGAAGACUCUGUUCUACUUGAUUGCUACUCUCAAUGAGUCAUUCAGGCCAGACUAUGACUUCAGCCGCACCCGGGGAUAUGACUUCAGUAGAGAGCCCAGUGUCAACUGGGUGUUUAAUGCUGUGAAUGGUAGCUUGUCUACUGCUGCUGGGGAGGCAUACAGCAGCUUGCAGCCUCAGCUCUGGGAGGCCAUUGACAAUGAGAUCAGUUUGGCGGAGUGUGACAUUUAUAGCUAUAAUCCAGACCUUGAUUCUGACCCUUAUGGAGAAGAAGGUAACCUGUGGUCCUUCAACUAUUUCUUUUAUAAUAAGAGGCUGAAAAGAAUUGUUUUCUUCACAUGUCGCUCUGUUAGUCUUUUUAUGACUCCACAAAACUCGUCCAUUGGAACUGAGCUAGACCUGGACCUGGACGAAGGUGGCUUUGAAGAGGAGGAGAACAUGGAUGAAGAGAGGUAUCAACCGUUAUGUGCCCAGUAAAGAUGUCAUAAAUCCACUGCCUUGCUUCGGAUCGCCUUGGAUGUCUCUUGGAGUUGAAGUUCUUUUUCUGUUUUUAUAUCAAGUGGUUGUUCUUGCUAUCACUAUGGUAGGAUAAAUGCUUUUAUUAACAGGAAUUUAAUGACAUCCACACAUUGUUUUUUGGGGUUUUUUUUUUUUAGUGUUUGUGUCUCUCGAUAGUUGUUAUUGGCCUUUUUUUUCCUCCUUUUGCAGUUGACUCCUGGGAAAUUCUAAGCACUCUUAAAAUUCCUUACUUUUUCAAAUUCAAGAUUAAUGGAUUUUUACAUUAUAUAGAUAAUUGUUGUAUUUUACAAAUUGUUAAUUAUAAGUGUGUUGGAUGAACUACUUUAUUUGCUUUUUUUUUUUUCCUUCCAGUCCUUUUUAUUGACCGUUCAAGACUAAUCUAAUACAAAAAUAGAAUUGCAUUUUUAUGACCACUGCAAAAUAGUUGCCAAAAUUAACCUUUUAUUAGCUACCUUUUUGUACCAUUUUAAAAAAUACUGACGUGUUCUGCCAUGUUUGUUUACCCUAUCCCCCCCAUUAAGCUUCAAGAUUGAUCACUUUGUUGUACCUGGCUAUUGAUGUUCAUGGAUUAAAUAUGUGUUUGAUGUUUUAGAUUGUCAUGAAAAUUUUGUGUGGCAAUUUCUUGGAAUAUGCUAGGAUGGCCACCGAUCAUUUUUUUUUUCCAUUUCAUUCUAAUCAUUUUGUGCUUGGUGGAUUUUGGAAAUGGUUGUUAUGCUUCUGUUCUCUAAGUGUAAGGAGACUUAGAUCUGAAAUAGGGUCAGCCAACAUGACGAUAUGAUAACUUUAUUGUAAUAUAUUAAACAUAAAGUCCUCAGGUUUAUGGGUAUAAAUUAUAUUUAAAUGAGCCUGGGAUUAUUUGCCUGAUCAGAAUACCUGUUGAAUAUGCUACUGUGUUACAUAACUUCUAUGACAUUAUUGGUUCAUUUUUUUGUCAGGUGCAAAUUUAUAUAACAAGCUGAAUAUGCUGUAAACUUUGUUGAUAAACAGUUUCCUCCUAAAAUGUUUCAAGAUAAAUAAAAUAAUCACCUCAGUAUUUUCUGUGUGAUGGCAGCUACUCAAAAAGGCCCUGAAUGAAAUAUGGUGUUAAGAAUACAUAUAAACAUAUCAGGAUUUACUUUUUUUUCCCCACAUUUAUGAUAAAUAUCUUUGUCUUUGGCAUUUGUUUUAUAUUGGACUGUGAGACUGUGGUGUUUCUCAUAAUGCAGUUUGUGCUCGCUUAAUCAGAGCCAAGCUACAAAGAACAAGUAAGAAUAUUGUCACACAUUAUUGGAUUUUAAAUGCAUUUUUGUUACUCAAAACGUUUGUUUGUUUGUUUGUGUGAAAGCAGACAGCAACCUCAUGGAAGAGUAGCAUUUGUAAUUUGUAGUUUAUAUUUGUGCUGUAUAUUAAAGGAGUCUUUCUUUUGUUAUGGAACUAAAAAUGUGUAUGGCUCAACUGAGAUGAUGAUGAUCAUGGCUAAAUUUGUGUGCUUUGGGCCCUGAAAUGAUAUGCUUGAUAAAUUGCUAAAAUUAUUAUAGGUUGAU